AUGGUGGUGAUUGCACGUAAGAAUCCCCUUGACUCGAUGGUGGCGUCGUUGAAGGUUAUUCCUCCUGCGCUGACGGGUGGGCUUUUGAUAUUCAUGACAAUUUUGUUUUUUGUGGGAGUAUUUGUUCCUGGGUUUAACGAUUCAUUAAAGCUUCAACGAAGUACUUUUGCUAACUUUGAGCUCAACAGACUUACCUUCUACCCAAUGCUCCACCUGUCUCUGCUACAUCUUGUAAUGAACGGGUGGAUGCUGUUGCCACUACUCUCUGCAUUUGAACUUCAAAAUGGUACAGUACGGACUGGCAUUGUUCUUAAUGCUCUUGGAACUGUAACUGGUGUUGCAUAUGUUCUUUUAAGCUUUGUAUUUUUCCCCAAUAGCUCUGUACUGGGCUCUUCAGCUUGGGUCUUUUCUUUCCUCGCUUACUUUUCAUAUCAGGAAUCAAAACAUACACCCUACAUGACGAUUUCCCAACGGAUCCGGAUCCCAACCAUUGCUAAACCUGUUAUGCUACUCAUGAUUACUGCAAUUCUAGUUCCUGGAUCUAGUAUUAUUGGCCACUUUCUUGGAGUAAUUGCUGGCUGGCUGUUGGCCUUGGGUAAACUUCGAUUUAUGACUGAUCCUCCAUCAAAGGUUGUUCUUUUCAUUGAAUCCAAACUUUCGCGUCUCAUUUCUUUAAUUCCUAGUCAGAUCCAAUAUAUUCGUGAAUCAGAGGCCAUUGAACUUCGUAAAAGUUCGACUCAGCCUGGUGGUGGUCUUCUCCCCCUGGCCAAUUUAUCUUCUGCAGCCUCUGGUGGGCCUACAGCUAAUCUUCCAUCUAUGCCAUUACCUCGUCUUAACCCGAUCCGUUCGGGUGGAUCUGAGCCGGUCCGAACAGGAUCAAUUUCGGUGGCUGAUGCAGGAGGUUCUUUAUCGUUACCACCUGUGACGGGGUCCAGUGGAAUUUUGUCGCCAAUUCCUGUUUCUGUGGUCCCAUUAAGUGGUACGAUUGAAGCGACUGCUGGUUCUUUUAAAGGAGAGGGUCAUACUUUAGGAGAUAAUCAAGUUUAG